AUGGUUCCGGCAGACAGGGUAGGGUCUCGUUUCUCGAAAGUCACAGGCGGAGUUGGUGGUUCUGGAGACACAGGGGAUUAUGCACAACUGGUGGUGGAUCGAUCAAACGAGAGUGAUCAUGCAAAGGAACAACGGCGCGUCAGAGCCGUGGGCAAAAUGAAGGCGCGUGAGGACCUCGACCCCGAAGAUAACCCGUCCCAGCUCACAUACGCUCGUCCUUCAAACAUGCCGCCUCAUAUUUCCUUAGGCGCGCCAGUCACACGCAAGACUACCAAGGAUCUCACUCCCACGUUCCUGGUGGAUGCUAGGAUUCAAGUCAAAAGACCCAACUUCAUCCGAUGGUUCCUGGCCACUUUUACUUACCAAUGCAGUACAUGUGUAACCAAAAAAGUGUCCUGCGAGCUCCCACCUGUGACGGACGGCACCCAACGCAAAUUUAAAUGCACUACUUGCCGCAACGACUGCAAUGUGAUAUGUAGUUGGUUCCAGGAUCUCUUGGAGGUGUACAUACGCGAGGCAUACCAGCUAGAUGUUGGAGAGGCGCGUAUGUUGGCAUCCUCGAAAGGAAACGACCCACAGGGCACUUUAAGAGGCUACUAUCAAACUUGGCUUGCAGAACAUGCUGAACGCUGUUCUGACGGCAAGUUGCGAGAGGACUCAAAGGCCCUUGAGACUAUUAUUUCCUUCCAGGGUCCGAAGUUGAGCAGCAGGGUCAGCCCCACGCAGCGUGACCCCCUGCAGCCAGCAUCCGUACAACGUGCCUCCACACAAUUGCAUCCGCCUGAGCUACAGCAUAAGCGGCAAAAGUGGGUUAAUUUUGUAGCACCUCUCCCACCAGAGGAGCUCCCUCCAGCACAGGCGUUCCCAUCAUCACCCCCCACCCAGUACCCCUCGACGCCUGCAUCUGUUCAAAUUUCUCCAGGUAUGUCACAGCUCCCACCCACAAUCCCUGACGGUGCCUCCCCAGCACCCCUACCCCCGUUCUGGAGUCUCUCGAGACCUACAUCUGUUCACAUUUCUCCAGGGUGUCGCAAACCCUUUGCACCUUUGCUGCCCAUCUCUCCAGGCACGCGCGAGCCAACCCCUCUAGCCAACUCUACCCCAGUUCCUGCAAAUUUUUCCCCUCCUAUUAUUGUGCCCGCAACCAUCGCCACAUCCGAGACCCACAGCAAUGCCCCACACAAUAAUAGCCUUGCUCAGAUGGAUGAUCUGCAUGCCGGAUCCCAGCACCCCCCAGGUGAUGACCUCACGAAUGCCGAACCUCGCGGUGUUAAUGUAGGCACCGAUGAGGCAUUCGCUAAAAUGGACCCCCGACCACCCUCCGUCGGGCUCAAAUCCGAUAUAGCUAACUUGUCGGAUGGGCUAGCAAAGCUAGCUGUAGGAGACCCAUCCUUCCCGCCAGAAUUCUCCAAUCGUCAGGAGGCCGAAGCGUACCUAUUAAAAAUGUUGCAGGGUUCACUGCAAACGUGCGACUUCCUCAGAAGCGUUGUGGAUGAACAAGAUUCCAGACAUGUUGCCGUCACCAGAAGCCUGGAGGAUGAGGUCCGCUUGCUAACGCUAGAAAAUGGAGAGCUGAAGCAGGGGGUUGCGACGAAAUGCCUGGAACAAAAUAUCUGCCUCUUAGAGGUAGAGAAUGAUAAACUGCGAGGCAGGCUCGCCCGCCAAGACCAGGAGCUAGAGGAUAGGGGGCUGAGGUGGAGAGCAGUCAGAGAUCUAGAGCAAAAGGUCCGCCAGCUGGAGGUAGAGAGAGGGAGGUUACAAGGGAAACUCUCCCAGCGAGAGCAAACGGUUGCUACCAUGAAGGCUCGCGCGCAGCUCGCAGGCCGUGUGCUAUGGCUGGCCUCACAGCACGCUCCGCUUUCUCCUGGAAACACCCAGGCCCCCGAUCCCGUCGCGGACAACCUGAGGGGCUUGGUCUCCAUGAUUCAUGCGCAUGUAGACGGUAUCCAACCCACCCUUGCGAACAAGCGACUUGGGAGUUCGAAUGAAGAUGGUUGA